GCAAGAGGCCAGGUGCUUCACUACAACAUCUUCCAGCAAGAGGCCAGGUGUUUGACUACAACUUACAGCAAGUGGUCAGGUGCUUCACUGCAUCUUCCAGCAAGAGGCCAGGUGCUUUACUACAACAUCUUCCAGCAAGAGGCCAGGCGCUUAACUACAACAUCUUCCAGCAAGAGGCCAGGUGUUUGACUACAACUUACAGCAAGUGGUCAGGUGCUUCACUGCAUCUUCCAGCAAGAGGCCAGGUGCUUUACUAUAACAUCUUCCAGUAAGAGGCCAGGUGCUUCACUACAUCAUCCAACAAGAGGCAAGGUUCUUCACUACAUCUUCCAGCAAUAGCCCAGGUACUUCACUACAUCUUCCAGCAAGAGAUCAGGUGCUUCACUACAACACCUUCCAGCAAGAGGCCAGGUGCUUCAAUACAACAUCUUCCAGCAAGAGACCAGGCGCUUCACUACAUCUUCCAGCAAGAGGCCAGGUGCUUCACUACAUCUUCCAGCAAGAGGCCAGGUGCUUCACUACAUCUUACAGCAAGAGGCCAGGUCCUUCACUACAACAUCUUCCAGCAAGAGGCCAGGUGCCUCACUUCAACAUCUUCCAGCAAGAGGCCAGGCGCUUAACUACAACAUCUUCCAGCAAAAGGCCAGGCGCUUCACUAUAUCUUCCAGCAAGAGGCCAGGUGCUUCACUACAACAUGAGGACUGUGUGGAAGGUGCGGACGACCCACCUUCUGGCCAUCUACCUCUCUCUCCUAGCCCUAGGAGUCCUAGUAGAACUUGAACUGCCAAUAGAACCUCCCAUCCUCCUCAACUCUUUGCCCCUGGAGGACGUGAGGAAGUCACGUCAACCCUUCAGGGACGAUACACGUCUUCAACACCUCAGUGACCAUUACAACACACCUUCUACAUUACUUUUACCAAACGUCAGUGAACCAGGUACUGAUUUUGACUUCUCGCCUCGUCUGAAUUAUGACGAGUUACUUACUACCUCAUAUAAUCCCUUUGACUUAUACAUUGGCAUGUAUGGUGUCAGCGUGACAGCUAGGGCAUAUGUUGAUGCCCAUGUCAGUCAGUUUGUCAGUGAUAGAAGUGUGCUAAUUGAUAAUCAAAAUUCAGAUUCGAGACAUAAAACCAAAUCUGAUGAAAAUGUAAUUUUACGUAAAUACAAGUUUUCUACGGAGGUGAACGCAUACGACGAGCUCGCCUACCUCCUGACGACUUCUAAGACACAUUGUUUAACUGUGGAGUCGGUCUCGCAGCCUAGGCAUUCCUCAGGAGGAUCCAGAUACCGCUGUUCCAUUCACAUUUUUAGCGAAUGUGAGCGCAAAACUUCCUGGAGCAAGACAAAGAAAUUUGGCAAGCGGUGUUCACGAGACACGCGACCUGCCUAUAAAGUGCACCCAGCCAGUGAGAGACUAACAAAAACUAACUCUAAUGGUACCUUCCCAACCAAGACUGAAUAUAAGAUUCCUGAUCUCACAGAGAUACAUCCCAUUAAAGUAAAUCCCAUGAAGGCGCAAAAGAGCUGGACUGAGGGAGUAACUAGCGAAGGAGAGGCAACCCACCACACUGUCACCGUCGAUGCUCACUACACCUUCUUGAAGAACCUGAAGACACUUGGUUCCCACCAGCGAUUAUUACUGCACACAAUAUUUGACCUGGCGGGACUAAACUCUCUCCAUAGAUACGAGAUUAUCAGAAGACUGGUGCAGGUGAUGAGUUGGGUGCUUUCACGAAGAGGUUACCAGCUAGUGCACUCCUCGGCUAAGGUUGAGGAUCUACUUCAGUACCUCCAACAGGAAGGCCUUCAGCGCCCUCUACUCGUUCUCACACUAUGGCACCUUCAGUAGCUAUGUUAGAAAGGACUGACCUAAAUGAAGCAGAUCGAGAAAUUUGCAAAAAAAAGAAAAAAAAAGGAAGAAAUUGACUUGGGAUGUAGGAGAACUUGCAUAAUUACAAAACUCUGCUUCUGAAGUUAAACUUUUAUCUAUCCUCUCAGCAUCAGUUGUU